AUGCCCGUGCAACAUCCUGAGUUUCUCGAAUCUGCUAUCACCACUUUCGCGCAUCUUAUCGAAGUUCUCGAAGACGUCGAAUCCCACUCCUCCCACGAUCAUCGUUACCAGGUCUUCCAACAACUCGGAGUCUAUCUCGCUAUCAGAGGGGCUGGAUUCGCCAUCGAGGAUCUUGCCGACUUCGACCAUACCAACGUCGAGUUCAACACGACCCAUCCAAGUCAUGAUGGACCAUCUCAUCCAGAGAGCAGACGACGUCCACGAAGUCCACCUCCUGCAAGGCCUCAGGUCAACUCGAUGACAGCCAUAUCUAACUCCUCGCCCCAGUGGGCUAAUCAGAAUCCCCUACCCGUUUCCAUUCCAAACGGACAAGCCGAAGACGGAACAUGGGGAACGUUCAUGAGAAUGAACUACCCAAUGUACCUAACGGAGGAACUCCACCUGCCCCAGCUAGAGCCAGAUCGAUGCCGGACUAUCCUAACAGCCAUCUACGCCGGCCUUCCAGUGGGAAUGCUCCCACCAUCGUACGCUCUAGAUCAUCCGCUACACUUUGACAUCUUACCGGCAGCACUCUCAUUCACUCUGGAUGCAUUCAGUGUCGUACACGGUACCGUAUCAAGAACAAUGACAAUACCAGCAGAAGAACGUACGGGAAUGGCGAACAUCCACAUCACAGACUGGUACGAAGAAGAAGAACGGCUGCUCGAAGGUAUAAGUAGCGGUCCUCCUUUUCCCCUACUGGACCAUUGCCUCCUCCUACUCGAGUGGGAACUCUACGAGGAAAUCUAUCCUUGGGACAAAGAGAACCGCCCCGCUCUACCACCUCCACCCAUGUCGCUCAACAUCCGUGUCACCACCACAGUCACUCACAGCGCAUCAGAGCCAGGGCUCCUCAUCGACAGUGACGGAGAUGACAUCCCGCUUCUAGGCAACAUUAGCGACGAAGCACUGGCCGAGUCAUGGAGGAGUGCACGUUGGGGAGACGAUGAAGACGAUACAGGUCGUUGGACGAUGGGAGGAUCUUGGACGACGGGGAGACCCUGGGGAGAAGACGAUGAACAGGCAAGGAGUGCCGACGAUGAACAACCCGGCUCCCCUCACCGUCCUGGCGCCACCUACCCCUACAACACUACACCCGAGGACGGAUCACAACCUGCACCAGCUGACACUAUCAAGGAGCAGAUCAGGUACGCUCGAACGAUCAAGUCGUCAAGCAAUUCAGCGGCAGGACAGGUAUCGCUCAUCGCCCCAGACGUAGCAUCACCCUACGAUGUCUUCAUCGCUACGCCACUAACAUUCCUCAUGGAACACGAUGGUCAUCGUCUCUACGUCCAUCGGACGGGCACGGGCGACUUCGCCACCUUCCAUGCCUUCGUCUUCACUUGGGACAACCAGAAGGUCGUAUGGCACCUCUACUCGGAAGACUCGCCUCAUCGCGUCUUCAGCCAGUUGGUUGCUCUGCUCUAUCCGCCACCCAUCCCAGGCAUGCACGACUGGCAUCCAACACCCAACCGGACAUGCAUCCUCAGCAUUCGCUUCGCGGGCAAGGAAGAAGGUGUUGAACAGUACGAGGUCGAACUCUUCAGGACGUUCUCCGAUCAAGUCCACUACGGAGACGCCAAGACUCCUCGUGAGUUCACACCAGUCAUCUUCCAACCCCUCGUCACCAUGAUCGAGAAGCCUGGGUGGCUUACCGAUGGGAUCGAGGCACUGAAGGUGGUCCUUUACGAAGAUGGGUCCGUCUCGCAUUGGGCACCUACCGAGUUCAAUCCUCAGCCUCAAGAGGAUCUUGACGCGAGUUGGGAGGUCGUACCCCACACCACCAUCCCAGUCUACGGCGAUAUGGGUGUCCGCGGAGGGCGAUGA